GUGUAUGUACACCGUGUGCAUACAUGCAUCUGUGCGCGGCAUGUACGAGCAGAGACGUACUGCCUGCGUUUACUUUGCAAACAUGGACUGUCACAAAAGCUCACCGUGCCACCCUUCUAACUUCCUGUCGUGUUCAAUGAGAGCAUGCCAAAAUACCACAGACAGGUCACGUGAUGCAGCGAGUCUGCCUCCCUCAGACAGUCUUUGUUCACUUUGUGUGACUGCAAUCAUCAGCUUGGGUCAGUUAUUUAGCAAGGGGGGGGAGGUUUUUUUGUGUUUCCUUUCGUAAUGAUGGUGAAGAAAUCGUUGCUGUAGAAAAAACACAGGAACUGAAAAAGAGGAAGAGGAAGAAGAGGAGGAAAGUGCAUGCAGGGGUGAUGGACACGACAGAUGAGAACUGCAGUCCGGCUGCAAGCACAAAUGGUGCUUAUCCGGUGCGGUGCAUUGAGGAAGUACUUCUCCCUUUCUUCACAGAUGAGAGCCUGCAGGCCACCAUGAAGCCACAACACCCCCCUGCCUCAGACAUUAGCCCCCCCGCUCUUCAGGAACUUAGGCUGGUCCUCCUGGGCCGGAAAGGAACCGGGAAGAGCGCCGCAGGCAACACAAUACUGGGAGGAGUGGGGGGAUUUGAGAGCGGGAAGCCCACAGAGGAGUGUGUGAAAAGGCGAGCUGAUGUGGCGGGGCGAAAACUCACUGUGGUGGACACACCUGGGUGGGAAUGGUACUACCCGCUUAAUAGCACCCCUAACUGGGUGAGGAGAGAAACUUUGAGAAGCGUGUCGCUUUGUCCUCCCGGGCCUCACGCUGUGCUGCUGGCCGUGCGGGCCUGUGCUUCUGUGACAGAUGACUACAUCAUAGAGAUUGAGGAACACCUGGAGCCGUUGGGGAAACACGUGUGGGAGCACACUAUGGUGCUGUUUACCAGAGGAGACGAACUGGGCAUGGGCACCAUGGAGCAACGAAUCCUGUCAAGCGGCCCGUCGCUCCACAGACUCCUGCAGAAGUGUGGAAACAGAUACCAUGUUGUGAAUAACCGGAGCAAAGGAGAUGGGACACAGGUUAAAGAGCUGAUAAGGAAGCUGGAGGAGAUGGUAGAUAAGAAGAAGGAUGGAAGCAACCAUUUAGAGAUGGAUACCGUCGUGUUGGGGCUGGAGGCCGAUGGGAAGAGGAGAGCCAGGGAGAGGAGAAAGAAACAGCGACAGAUGGAGGCACAGAUGCAGAGAGGGACCAUCAAAGCCACUCUCAUUAGCGAUGGUCCACAGGGUUCUGAGCUGGAUGCCCACCAGUCUUUCUCCAAAUCCCCUCGACGUCUUCCUGAGAUCAGACUGGUUCUACUGGGCGAGCGUGAAACUGGAAAAAGUUCUGCUGGAAACACCAUCCUUGGAAAAACAGGGUUCUUCCAGUCGGGAGCCGUAACAGAAGAGUGCAUUCGUCAACAAGCGGAGGUGGCCAUGCGGCUGGUGACUGUGGUGGACACGCCGGGCUGGGAGGCGGGUGUGGCAGGUGCAACACCAGAGAGGGUGAAGAGAGAGAUUGUCUGCAGUGUGUCUUUGUGCCCUCCGGGUCCUCAUGCACUCCUGCUGACUCUGAGGGUGGACACACUGGUGAAAGCGGGACAUGUGAGAGAACAUCUGGAACUUCUGGGAGAAGGUGUAUGGAGACACACAAUCUUGCUGUUCACCCAUGGAGAUCAGCUCAGAGAGGGAGUGGAUAUUGAGCAGCACAUCCAGAGUGGAGGCAGGGACCUGCAGUUGCUUCUGGAGAAGUGCAGGCGGCGGUACCACGUCAUCAGCAGUGUAGAUGGUGGAGGAAGAGGUAGAGGUUCCAGUAAGGUGACAGAGCUGCUAGAGAAAGUGGAAAAGAUGGCAACAAUGAACAGAUGCGAGGCUUUCUCCGGUCUGGUUCAAGAAGUCAGGGAUUUGAGCCAACAAAGAAACGAAAAGUUCAACCAGCGUCUGAAGGAGAUUGGAGAGAAGAUGCUUCGUCAGGAGGCAGAGCUGAAGAACAUGAGGGACAGGGAGAUGAAGAGCAUCAGAUGGUUCUUUGAUAGAAGGAAGAAGGUGAAAUCUCCAGGAAAAGCUGACAUUCAAAAGGAAGAAGCGGAGGAUGACGACAUGAGGGUCGGCGAGAGGAAGAACGAUUUCGGUGAGCUGGAGGAGAGGAUGCGAUGGCUGACAGAGGACAGAGAGAAAGAAAUUCAGGAUCUGAGCCUGGAAAAGGAGCGAAUCCGCAUAGCACUGAGCCAAGCUCAACAAGAAAGGGAAAAGCUGCUUUACAAACUGGAGAUAAAAGAGAGAGAGAUUGAGGAGCUGCAGGAAAGAACUGAGGAGCAGCAAAUUAAGCUUCUCGACCUUGAGCGUGCCAGCGUAGAAAAGGAACAUGAGAUGAAACAAAGGGAGGAUGCUUUUAGAGCAAAGACACAAGAAUGGAUGAAAGAAUAUGGGAAACUGAGGCAGACCAUAGAGCUCCUCAACAAAGAGAUAUCUGACUGGACAGAAAAACACGAGUGUUUAACAGCAGAAAUCAGCCGGACUAAAACCCACUAUGAGGACACUCUAGAGAGAACAGUACAAGAAAAAAACAGGGAGACGGCAGAGAUGGAACAAAAACUGAGGAGUGAGAUGGAAAUAAAGCUGCUCGAAAAAGACAAACUGAUGGAAGAAGAGAUGAAGAAAGCCUCGGAGGAAAAACAGGUUACUCUCAAUAAUGCAAAACAACACGAGACAGAUAUGGAGAGGAAAUUGGAAGAAAUGAAAUCACGGCAUAAGAAAGAGAUGGAGGUAAAGAUACAGGAGAAGGAAGCAGAGAUAAAAGACAUAAGGAAGCAGCAUGAGGAAGAGAUGGCCACAAGGAUUAAUGAAAUAGAAAAAAUGAUGGAGACAGCAAAAGCUCAACAACAGCAAGAAUAUGAAAAGAAGCUGAAAGAAAAAGCUGAUGACUUGGAAAGGAUGACACAAAAGCACGAUGACGAAAUAAAGAACAUACAGCAAGAAAAACAAAGGCAGGCCGCAGAGCUGAAAGAGCUGUUUGCUAAAGAAAAGAAGGAAUGUGUGGAGGCCAAAGAGAAAGCAAUCGCAGAUAUAGAAGAAAAGUGCCGUGCACAAAUGGAAGAAAAGAUCCUGGAAAAUGAAAAAGACAAAGAGAUGAUUCAUCAAAACCACAAACGAGAACUGGAACAAAAGAUGAGGGAGAAAGAAAAGGAGAUAGAGGCCUUAGAACAUCAGCAUCAAGAGAUGACGCUAAAAAUCAGUGAGAUGGUAAAUCUGAUGGAGACGAGAAGUGCCCAACACCAGGAGGAAGUUCAUAAAAAUGUGAAACAAAAGGAGGAGGAUGUGGAGAGGAUCCAACAACAGUACACUGAAAAACUAAGGGGCUUAGAGCAAGAAAGGCAAAAAGAGACCGAAGAGCUGAAACAACAGCUCGCAAAAGAAAUAGAUAAACAACUGCAGGAAAGACAGAGACAGAUAAGAGACUUGGAAGAAACCUAUGCUGCUCAAGUUGAAGAGGUAAAGCUAAAGCAUGCAAAAGAGAAGGAAAUACUGAAUCAGAACCACGAAAAGUACGUUCUGGAAAAACUGCAAGAGAGAGAUCGGCUAACAGAGGAGUUAAAGUGUCAGCUCAAAAACGAAAUCAAAGAACGUGAAAGGGACAAAGAGCAAUACAAGAGAGAGAUGGAGCAAACGCUGGAGGAGAAGGAGAAAGAGAUCGAGGAGUUUAAAGCAUUUGUGGAAGAAAUGAAAGAAAAAAUGCAACAACAGCAGGAGAAAGAACGGGAUCACUUAAAAAGCAUGCAAGAGACUGAGCAGCAGCUGCAAGAAAAGGAAAAGGAAACAGAUGAGAUGAAAUCCAAACUCAUGGAAAUGAAGGAGAAGCUUCGACAGAUGGAGGAGAAAGAAAAUGAUUAUUCGAACUACAAAAAAGCUUUGGAGCAAAAACUGGAGGAACAAGAAGCAGAAUUAGAAAUGUUAAAAGAACGUUUAAAGGAGCUCGAGCAACAGUUGCAGCAGACAGAAGAGGAAAGAGAACGAGACAAGUUAAAUCACGAGAAACAGAUGGAGCAAACUGCGGAAGAAAACAGCCGAGUGAUAGAAAAGUUAAAACAGCACAUUAAAGAUGUUGAUGAGAUCCUGCAAAGAAAGGAAGAAGAAAGAGGUGAGAUCAUUCUCAGCCAAAAGAAAGAGGCAGAGCAACGGCUGCAAGACAAAGAACGAGAGAUGGAGGAGAUGAAACGGCAGCUUUUAAGCGACAUGGAGAGAAAACUGAAAGAGAAGGAGGCUGACAUUGAAAGCGCCAAACAGCUGGCCGACUCCAGGGAGACACGAUGGAAGGAAGAGCAGAAGGUGAAGGAUGAGAAAGCAACGAACGAGGUGAACAAGCUGAUAGAGAUCAUCGACAAGAAGACAAAGGAACUGACACAAGCCCAAAGUCUUCUUGCACAGAGAGACGGUGAGAUCGAUGAGGCAAAACAGACAUGUGCGAGCUUCUUGAGAGAAAUAGAAGAGCUGAAAGAAAGCAACGACCACAAAACAUCCGCUAUCGAUGAGAUACAGCAGCGGCAAAAAGACCAAGAGAGGGAAAAGGAUGCGGAAAUGACAGAAAAACUGCAGGAGAAAGAGGAAGAGCUUGACCGCCUCAGGCAAAGAGACAGGGAAAAUGAGAAGGAGACCGUCCAGCUGAGGCUAACGAUCGAGCAGACAAAGUCAGAGCUGAAGGAGCUCACUGAGAAAAUGGAAAAGGAGAUGACGGCCAUGAUUGAGGAAUAUGAAAAGGAGAUCAAGAUGAAAGAUGAGGAUAUUGAGUCAAUCACACAGGAGAAGGACAGCACCGUAAGUCGGCUAGAGGAAGAAAUGCAUAAGAGCAUUCAGGUCAUCACAGAGAAAAACGAGUUAAGUCAGAAGAGAGUUGAGGAGCUGCAGGAGCAAAAUGAGAUGAUGAGAAAAGAGACUGACAACCUCAGAGCUAAGUGUGAGGAAGUGAAGAAGGACAGUGACGAAGAGGUCAGGAAAUAUCUCAGAGGAUACGAGGAAAUCCAAAUCACGCUUAGAGAGAAAGAUCUGGAGCUGGGGCCUUUAAUAGACGCCAAUGCCCAACUAAAAGUGGAGCUAGAAAUGGUGAAGGAGAGAGAAGAUGAGACUAAGGCGCAGAUGAAUGAGCUGAGAGAGCGUUUUGAGAAGCAGAUGAUGGAGAAACAAAGCGAACAGAGAACGAGGGAUGAGGAGCUCGAAGAGAAAUUCCUAAAAAGGGAGAAAGAAGUGAGUGAAAGGGAGCAAGUUCUGCAACGAAGCGAAGAAGAACUGAGCAAAAGACGUCACGACAUCGACGCACAGCUGGAGGAGCUUGGCGAAAAACAGGCAAAGUUGGAAAGUAAGGAACAAGAACUUAGAGAACUGGAAAUGAGUCUGCAGAUAAAAGAACAGAAGGAACGAGAGGAGAAGGAUAAAUACGAGCAAGAAGUGCAGCAGAAGGCGCAGAAUGUUGAGAAAAUGGAGAGGGAGCUGGAAAGCUUACUGAAAGUCCUGGAGGGCAGACAGAAGGAGCUAAGCUCUCACGGUCACGAUCUACAGAAGAAGGUCAGAGGACUGAAAGACCAAGGGAAAGAGCUGAAAGACAGGGAGUACUACUUGAAGAACGAAGAACAGGAGUUGCUCAAUUGGAAGUCGGAGCUGCAGAUGCAGAACGAGCACGUGAACUACACAACACAGCAGUUGAAUGAGAUGGGCAGGGAAAUGACUCUGCUGAAGGAAGAGCUUCGCAAGAAGGAGAGAAAUCUAAAGGAUUCACUGAAAAAACUGAGCACGUGGGAGCAGAACCUCAAAGAGCGAGAGGAAGAGUUGAAACGGAAACAGCACAGCAUUUUGGAGAACGGACAACACGGGACUGAUGAUAAGAGAUCAGAAGACAGCUCGCCUUUAGUGUGCCGAGAGGUCAGCGAGAGGAGGGAAAGAGGAAGAGGAAAAGAUUCAGAUAAUGAAGAUCAGAGGAUGAAAACAGCUUUGUCAGCUGCAGAGAGCAAUAACUGUCACCUUGAAACACUAAAAGUCGAGACGCUGACGGAGACAAAGAAGACAAAAGUGAUGCAAGAAGCGGUCGAAAGUGCAAAGGUGAUGGGCGAGUUGAAGCUCCUGUCUCGACCUCGCACAAGAGCAAACAACAAAGACUCUCCUGGGUCGGAUUUGAGGGUGAUGGUUUUAGGAGAGACCUGGUCUUCCCGCUCCCCUGCUGGUGUCACCAUCUUGGGUGGAGAAGCGCCCAAAUUCAGCGGCUCUAGCUUCAGGUCGUGGAAAGGCCAAAUAUCCGGAAGGCGCCUCGCAGUCGCAGAGCCGCUCGGCCUUAGGUGGCGAGACGGACCCGAGGAGGCAAACGCCUCUCAGCUGAAAGGCAUUCUCGACAGCAUCUCCUGGUGUCACCCGGGUCCCCACGUCGUCCUGCUGCUCAUGCCGGCCUUCCUGACCUGCACGCAGAAGUACAGAAGAGCCGUGGAGGAGCACAUGAGCCUGCUCGGACAGGAGAUCUGGCAGCGCGCUCUGGUGCUGUUCACAUGGGGGGAGAUUUUAGGGGAGAGCGCAGAGCAGCACAUCCUAAGGAACGGGGAACUGAUGGGGCUCGUAGAGCGCUGCGGGGGCAGGUACCAUGUGCUGACAAGCAAAAAGAAUAACGCCGCGAUUGAAGGCUUAUUCGACAAGAUGGAUGGCAUUGUUACCCUGACCAGCAGAGAGCAGUUUCCGGUGUAAAACUUUUAUAGAACUGAUUGAAUUCAUCAUGCAAAAAAUAAAAAUGUUAAAAAUGUAUAUUUCCUCCUAAUAUGUGAAAAUAUUUGAAUAAAUGUGACUAAAGGAA